GUUCCAUUAAUUCACAUUGUGGGGCCAUGUUUAGUCUCUCCAAUACAUAAUUCAGUCUCCUUUUCAUCUAUUUCUGGAUCCGCCACUGCUUACGUGCUCUCGUAGCCACGCGUUGAUAGGAAGACAAGUAAAGCGAAGACCUUGCCAUGCAUUAAGCAAUACGGCGGCUAAGCAGUUGUCUUAUUGGGAGCCUCCCAUGCCACGAGCCCGCAAUCGCAGAGACGCGGACGCCCACGAAACGAAAUUCGCAAUGGGUGUCCUCUUCCUGAUCGCCUGCCUUCUCGUUCCGGCCGCCAUUUACCUCCUCCCAGCCAACAACAACACACCACCAUGGGAGCCCAUCACCUGCACGGGCGGCAACGCCAACGGCGAGUCAAACUGCACCGUCACCAACUCGUACGGCUCCUUCCCGGACCGCACAGUCUGCCGGGCGGCGGCGGCCGUCUACCCACAGACCGAGAAGGAGCUGGUCGCCGCCGUGGCGGCGGUUGCCGCGGCUAAGGGGAAAGCGAAGGUCGCCACGAGGCACUCCCACAGCUUCACCAAGCUCGCGUGCCCCGGCGGCCGCGAUGGCACCGUCAUAAGCACCCGGUGGCUCAAUCGGACGGUGCGCGUCGACGUCGGCAGACGGCUCCUGACGGUGGAGGGCGGCAUGGUCCUCAGGGACCUCGUCCGUGUCGCCGCGGAGGCAGGGCUCGCGCUGCCGCACUCGCCGUACUGGAGCGGGCUCACCGUCGGGGGCCUCCUGGCCACCGGCGCCCACGGGAGCUCGCUGUGGGGGAAAGGGAGCGCCGUGCAUGAGUACGUGGUCGGGAUGAGGAUCGUGACGCCGGCGCCGGCGAGCCAGGGGUUCGCCGUGGUGAGGGAGCUCGGCGCAGACCACCCUGACCUGGAUGCCACCAAGGUCUCCCUCGGUGUGCUGGGAGUCAUCUCUCAGGUGACCCUUGCGUUACAGCCUAUGUUCAAGCGUUCGGUCACGUUCGUGACACGCGACGACUCGGACAUGGCGGAGACUGUGUCCGUCUGGGGUCACCUCCACGAGUUCGGCGACAUGACAUGGCUGCCCUACCAGCGCAAGGUCGUGUACCGCCAGGAUGACCGCGUUGACGUCGCCACCGGAGGAGAUGGCCACAAUGACUUCCUCGGCUUCCGAUUCUACUCCAAGCCUGGCGUUAUGGCCGCCAGGCUCCUAGACACGUGGCUGGAAGAGAAGGAUGUUGACACUGCCCGGUGUCUGAUGGCACGGUUGCCGAUGUGGAAAGUGCAGAGGGAGGCCUACGGCUUCUCUAACGACGGCGUCUCCUUCACGGGGUACCCAGUGGUGGGGUUCCAGCACCGCAUACAGGCCUCUGGCUCGUGCCUGGACGACGGCGGCGGUGGUUUGCUGCUGUCAGCGUGCACAUGGGACCCGCGCCUCCGAGGCGGGCUGUUCUACAGCUCCGGCUUCAGCGUGGGUCUAUCCAAGGUGGCAGCGUUCGUCGCCGACGUGCAGAGGCUCCGCGACAUCAACCCGCGGGCCUUCUGCGGGCUCGAGGGCAAGCUGGGCGUGUUCAUGCGGUACGUGAAGGCCUCGUCGGCGUUCCUAGGCAAGCCCGAGGACUCGGUGGACUUGGACAUCGUCUACUACCGGAGCCACGUGGAGGGCACGCUGCGCAGGCACGCCGACGUGGUCGACGAGAUGGAGCAGAUGGCGCUGCACAAGUACGGUGCCAUCCCACACUGGGGCAAGAACCGGAACUUCGCCUUUGACGGCGCCAUCGACAAGUACCCUAGGGCACACGAGUUCUUGAGGGUGAAGAACACGUACGACCCGGACGGGAUCUUCUCCAGCGAGUGGAGUGACCAGGUGCUUGGCGUCAAGGGCAGCCCCAGCAUCGUCAGGGAUGGCUGCGCCAUUGAAGGUCUGUGCGUUUGCUCCGGCGACUCGCACUGCAUGCCGGAUAAGGGCUAUUUCUGCCGGCCUGGUAAGGUUUACAAGGAGGCCAGGGUCUGCGUACGUGUUUGAUGGGGACGGACAAUCUACAGCUGUCUCUAGGUAUCGAUGUCAUACCUUACACCUGUGUCAUAAUUGCUAAUUAAGUGCUUUCUAGCUCUCUUCUAAAUUAGAAAGAUAUUCUGGCUUUUUUUUAUUAUGUAGCUAGUAGACAUGGUGCAUAAUAGUUAAUAAAUAAUAAAACAUAAAACAUGUUGCAAUUUAAA